GAUUUUCGUAUUACAUAUGUCUUAUUAUCGUAAAACGUCCCAGAAAUCCAUCAGUUGCGUCAAUUACGUGGCGCGCCAAAUGCAUUACGUCCUGUCGGUCUCUAUCUCGAAUGAUUAACGACCUUUGGUAAAAAGAUAUUUCCGUAACCAAGGAAAAGGGGGUCAACGGUACGUAUUUUUAAACUGCGUUAUAUUUCUUCUUUCUCGCUUCUCCCCUACCACGGCACAAAUAUUUCAUGAACUGACUCGACUAAUUGGGGAAAAACGGGUGAAGAUGUCUGGUUCGUCGAACUUAUAAAUGUCUUCCUGUUUUCUUCUUAUUGAAACUAAUUUUAUUUUUCACAUACCGGUCAUCGAUAAGAUAAAGUCGAAGAUGUGUCUCCUAAGAUCAAAAAUCCCGCGUUUUCUUCGUUCGGCUUGGAUCGGCUUCGAUCGAAUAUAACGAAGCGCUGAUAGUUUCCGAAUUAGCUACAAGGUGGCGCAUAACUCGAAAUAACGGACACUUUAAAUUUACACGGUUUCUUUGUAAGAAGCGUUCCUUCAAUCAGUGCGCUUUUGAUCUGUAAUCGGAGAAGUGUAGCUUUGUGUGUCUCCAAUUUCGAUCGCGUCUAUGCGACCAUUUAGCGAAAGGUUUAUUUCGAAAAUUCAUUGUAAGAACUGCUUGAAUAUUGUCCAUUGGUUCCUAUGUACCAAGAGAGAUAUAAUAGUUCAUUGUUUGAAUUUUUCUCGGUAUUGUAUUCCUUCUACGAGCUAUUAUCUAUGUGCUAGACGCACAUUGAAAUAAUCCUUUUACUGUUAAUUUCCCUUUUGUCCUUGACAACAAAAUGGCAUUUUCCUUAUAACAAUGCGAUAAGAAAGAAUGAUACUUCUUAUAUAAAUGUCAGUUGUCAGUGCUUAUCAAUUGAAAAUGUAAAUAGCUGAGUGCUAACAAGAACACAGAAUAGACACGAUUUUUUGGUGUGUGACUUAUCAAAGAGUUUUGCUUCUUGGAUAUGAAGGGACAAGUACAAGCCGCACGGGAGAGGUUAGGUGGCUUCAGCAAUAACAGCUACUAUCCUAGUUCAGCAGACCAUGUUCCUGAUAUUCAACGUAUUGUCCCAAUUUCCAAUUAUGAACUACAAUUAGAUGAUUCCGCAGUUGUAACAGAGGUCGAUAAUAAAGUCAAAACAAAAUUGCUCUCUAUUUGGAAUAAUGUGAAAUAUGGAUGGACUGUAAAAAUAAAAACAAAUUUUUCAAAAGAAUCUCCAGUAUGGUUGCUCGGACAGAGAUAUCCCAAACAGUUGGAAGAUACUUUAGAAAAAGCGUCGGAAGCUCUCUCUGGAUUAGGAACUGGAAGCGAAGUGUCGUUAGCAAUAGAUGCUGCUAGUUAUGAAGAAGGAAUUGAAGGAUUUAAGAGAGAUUUCGUUUCUCGCCUAUGGUUAACUUAUAGGAGAGAAUUUCCAAAUUUAAGAGGAUCCACUUUUACUACAGAUUGUGGCUGGGGUUGUAUGUUACGUAGCGGACAAAUGAUGAUGGCACAAGCAUUAGUUUAUCAUUUUCUAGGACGAGAUUGGAGGUGGUAUCCGGAUCAAACAAUUAAAACAGAUGAACAGAAUGAAGAAGAGAAAAAACAUCGUAUGAUUAUAAAAUGGUUUGGAGAUCAACCGGGACCUCAUUCUCCUCUUUCUAUUCAUAAAUUAGUGUCGCUUGGUGCACAAUCAGGGAAACAAAUAGGAGACUGGUAUGGGCCUGGAUCAGUUGCACAUCUUUUAAGCCAAGCAGUAAAAUCUGCAGCUGAGAUUCACAAGGAAUUUAGUAAUUUGUGUGUGUAUGUUGCUCAAGAUUGUGCAGUCUAUUUGGAUGAUGUUAAAAAGUUAUGCGAGACUCCAAAUGAAAGCUGGAGAUCUCUUGUACUAUUAGUACCUUUAAGACUUGGUACUGAUAAGUUAAAUCCAACUUACAUACCAUGUUUGACAAAGUUGUUGGAAUUAGAAUUUUGCAUUGGUAUCAUUGGUGGACGUCCGAGACAUUCUCUUUAUUUCAUUGGUUAUCAAGAAGAUAAAUUAAUACAUUUAGAUCCACAUUAUUGUCAAGAAAGCGUAGACAUGUCGAAAGAAAUGUUUUCCCUAUCGACAUUCCAUUGUACUUCGCCUAGAAAAAUGGUACUUUCCAAAAUGGAUCCUAGUUGUUGCAUCGGAUUUUACAUACACGAUAAAAGUUCCUUUGACGAAUUUGUAACUAAAGUCGAAAAUAUAUUGAUACCGCAAACCCAGAAAACGGAUUAUCCAAUGUUCUUAUUUUGCGAAGGAAGUGGGGAGGAAUUAAGAGAAAACAUAGAGGUCGGAGAAAAUCCACUGCCCUCGACAACGCUAUUUGUACGACCCGAUGCAUUCGAAGAUCAUUAUGAGUUCGAGGAAUUUGAACUCAUAUGUAUAGGAAAUAAAAGCAAAUAGAGAAACUCAAUGUACUUAUAAAUAUUAACAACGUAUUUCUUACGCAAUGUACGUACUACGUUCAACAUUUGUAAUCCUUCGUUCAUUCGUCCAAUAUUCGUAAGUGAAAAAUUCAACAAUACUAGAUUACUUACAAAUCGAACACACAUACCGUUGUGUUUUAUUAUAUAGUUAAGUGUUAUUAAGGUUUUUAAAUGUAAUGCGCCAAAAAACGUGGCGAAUUUUUGAAAAAGAUCUCAUAGUAUGUCUUAAUGGGAGACUGAUGUCAAUACGUUGACUAAUUAUUUCUAAGCGUGGAAAAGAUAGAAGUUUAAGCCGACCAUCUUUUCUGUGAUGGUUACGAUAACGAUGCAGUGAUCUUUAAUAAGUAUUAAACGAAGGCACAAUUUUUUUUUACUUUGUUACAUGAUCUCAAAAUCAUUGCUUCCUUCUUAUUUUCGUUUUUUUUUUUUUUUUUGCAACGAAAGUAGGACUUAAUUUUGUAGGAGAAUUAUAAUCAUCGAAGUUGUAUUAAAUAUAUGAGAGAAUAUUUAUUCAUUUCGUUGUUAUAAACAGAUAUCCUCAAUCUUGCGUAGAUCGCAAGUACGAAUACAUUUUGCUAUUAAUAGCAAUUUGUAUGCAUAAGCGUUUCUCAAUUUCUUGAGUAAACUGUUCCUGUAAAAUGCAACACAAGAAACAUACAUAUUAGCUUUUAAGUCCACACAAGUAAAUACACUUGUAUAUAUAUGUAUGAUUUCUUUUAUUGUUCUUAUCUUUUUUUUUUUAUCGAUUAUUAAGUAAUUUCUCAAAUAUCAACUAUUUAAAACUAUUUAUUUAUUUAUUUAUUAGCUAUUAUUUAUUCCAAUAUUGGAAGUAAUACAAUUAAUGAUUAAUUAUUAUUAUUAAAAUCAAAUUAUUAAAUAAUUUAUAGUGUAUUUUUAAAAUAGUUUGUCAACGAUUAACAAGAUCUAGAAAGAAAUUCAUCAAUAAUUGAGAAAUUCACAUAUUGACGAUAUUUCAUAUAUUUAUUUUCUAUAAUCCCAAAUUUUUCUUCAUUAAUCGAAUUAAAAACUGGCUUAGGUCAACUCAUUAUGAUAAUUAAUCUAUACAUAGCAUUAGUUUUAAGUUUUCAUUAAGAUUUUGCACGUACCACAUUUCGGUAUAUAGAUUAAGUAAUUACGUUAUGGAAAAUAAAUGAUGUAUCAGGAGAGUCUGUUGAUCUUUUAUAAUGUUGAGGUGAUGGCUGAGAAAGAGAAAGAUAAGUUGUACGCGAGAUUAGAAAACUGUGUGCAUGGGAUAUAUAUAUAUAUACAUAUAUAUUACACUGUUGAAUAUGUAUAUUCAUUGGAAAUGAUUUGUUAAGAAGAUUAUAAAUAAAACUGAGCGAGACAUAUAAA